AUGGUACUAGACUUUCUGAUUUUCUGGGAGAAAGAAAUUUAUCCUAGGAGUGAUGCUUGUGGCUACAGCUCUGCGUGGGGUUCUGAUGAAUACGGGUGGGUUGGAGGGGACGUGCAGGCACAUGUGUAUGUGUCCUGUGCUGAGGAGCCCCUGUGGGCAUCCCCCGAGCUGGCUCUGCUGCUACUCCCACCCACAAGCAUCUCCCCUGCUAACAGGUGUGGGUGCUUGUGGGGCACACCGGGUAUCACGGUCACCUCUCUGCUCCUCCUUCUCCUCCAGUACAUCGAGGCCAUCAGCAACAAGCAAGGUGAGCUGGAGAAUUACGUCUCUGAUGGCUAUAAGACAGCUCUGACCGAGGAGAGGCGGCGGUUCUGUUUUCUGGUGGAGAAGCAGUGUGCUGUGGCCAAGAGUGCGAUCACCUACCAUGCCAAGGGGAAGGAGAUGCUGACACAGAAGCUCCCGCUGUGGCAGCAGUCAUGCUCUGAUCCCAACAAGAUCCCGGACCGUGCCAUCCAGCUGAUGCAGCAGAUGGCUGCCAGCAGCAAUGGCACCAUCAUGCCUAGCCCUCUGUCUACAUCCAAGUCCAACCUCAUCAUCUCUGACCCCAUUCCUGGUGCCAAACCUCUCCCUGUUCCCCCGGAGCUGGCACCUUUCGUCGGACGCAUGCAGGAGGCCAUGCCGGCGGUGAAUGGAGUCUCGGGCCCAGACAGUGACGAUUACAACCACUGGUCUGAGGUGAAGCCAGCACAGCCCAAAUCUUUAUCUCCUCCCCAGCCUCAGAAGCAGCUGAGCGACUCUUACUCGAACACGCUUCCCGUUCGCAAAAACGUGACCCCGAAAAACAGCUACGCCUCAGCUGAGAACAAGACACUGCCACGCUCCAGCUCCAUGGCUGCAGGGCUCGAGAGGAACGGCAGGACGAGGGUGCAGGCCAUUUUCUCUCAUGCUGCUGGGGAUAACAGCACCCUCCUGAGCUUCAAGGAGGGAGACCUCAUCACGCUGCUGGUGCCGGAGGCCAGGGAUGGGUGGCACUACGGAGAGAGCGAGAAAACAAAACUGAGGGGCUGGUUUCCUUUCUCCUAUACACGUGUCCUUGACAACGAUGGCAGUGAGCGGGUCCAUGCGAGCCUGCAACAGGGGAAGAGCAGCAGCACGGGCAACCUGCUCGACAAAGAUGACAUUGCCAUCCCACCGCCCGACUAUGGCAUGUCCUCACAAGCCUUCCCAUCGCAGAACGUCAACACCUUCAAGCAGAGGCCGUACAGCGUGGCUGUGCCCGCCUUCUCCCAGGACUACCUUAUGCCCUAUGGUUGUGCAAUUAAAGACUAUUCCAGUGGCCUCUGCCAACCACCACCCGCCCACUACAAGCCUUACGCUAGGUCGACAGCUGGUCUCGAUGACUAUGGGACGAGGUCUGUGAGCAGAAACCCCUUUGCCAACGUCCAGCUGAAACCGACCGUGACGAACGACCGCUCGGCGCCGCUCAUCAGCUGAUGCCGGGAGCGCUGCCGCCCCGUGGCACUGCCGCCGCCUCGUCGCCCGGCGCAUGGCUGCCUCCCAGAGCCGCCUUUUUAGGCAGAGUUUAUUUAAUCCUGCUGCUUUGAAAAGCCAAAGGCUAAAGCUAUAGUGCCCCGAUUUCCUCUCUUCUCUAGAUCCAGCUCGCUGCUUGCAGUGGUGGUGGGCAGGUGGCUGCCAAACAGCCUGAUGCCCGCCCAGGUGGCACAACCCCGUGCUCCUAGCUCGUGCCCCAUAGCCAGGUUUGCUUCUAGGAGCGGCAGCAGCUUGCAGGGGAGGGAGGAAGGCACGGGGGACACCCCGCUCUCAUGGGAUGCAGUGGCAACGGGCGGGCGGGAGGGCCCCAAUCUCACCUUAAGCAAAGAGUUGCUGGUGCCAGUGCUGCAGCCCUGGGUCAGGGCUGGACUCUGCUCCCGGGGCUGCUGCAGUGCCAUGGCCGUGUACAUAGGGGGGGGUGUUACGGUACUGCUGUAGGAUAUAAGCUAAGAAAUACUCGAGGAGCAGAGGGCUCCGUGGAUAUGUGCCAUGGGAUAGCCAGCGCUGCUGUGCCUCCUUCCCAGGCUCAGCCCCAGAGCCCUCCUGCUUUGCUGCUUCUCUUCCACUAUUCCUAGGGCUGCAUGAGACUGAAAUAUAUACGCAUAUAUACUCGCACCCCCGGCCCUGCCAAAGGGGAAGGGGUUUUUGGAGCAGGAGCCGCAUCUUUGCCGCAUGAUGCAGCUGGCACCAGUGAGGCACGGCUGGGAGCAGUGCUCAGAGGUUCUGCCUUUCCCAUUGUGUUGCACUUUUUUAAUUGUUUGAGCGCAGAGGACCGCUCGGGUUGCUGUGACUGUAGGUUUAGCCCAGGUGGCAGAGAGCUGACUGCGUUGGUCACUGCUGGUGGGGUUCUGCUAUGGAGGGGCUUUCCAGUUAGAGCCAGCUGCUGGCACUGCUGUGCCCCCUCCCAUGGCUCGUGAAAGUGCCCUGCAGGAGAGCAUCCUCACCCAGUGCCGAAGUGAUGCUGGCUGCACCCAGGGUACGUUUUGCUCUUGGACACAUCACUGCUUCUUCUGUGGAGCUGGAGCAGCACUGUGACCCCCAGCAUUCUGCCCACCACAGCCCACCUCCAGGUGCUGUCCUCCGGCACCCUUGCAUCGCACGUGGGAAGCCACCACCUUGUCCCUAAGUACGCCCAUCCCAACAGCACCCCAAAAUGCAGUGCAGGGGUUGCACCCUGCCCAAUGUGCCCCACGGAUGGUGGCAACUGUGCCAACCCCAGGUCUCACCGUGUGGUGCCAACUCUUCUGCCACGCGCUGAGAGCCACUGUGUUGUGCCUCAGGGCAACAAGAGCCAGGGGCAGGGGAAGGCUCCGCUGCAUCUCGGGGCCUUCAAGGAGGGCUGGGGGGGCUCACAGCCGGGGUAGGGGUGUCAGGAUGGGGUGUGCCUUGUCACCAGCCCCGUGUCGUCCUCUUCCAGCCCCAUACGAGGGGCUGCUGAGCCCGGGGUUUCACUGCACCUCCUGCCUUGGUGGGCACCUGCAAGAUGUAACCUGAAAUUGUUUUGUUUUGUUUUUUAAUGAGAGGAAAAAA